GUUUGGAUUUUUUUUUCCAAAAUAUUUCACGCUAGCAUGUGGUGAACAGAAGAAAACAGAAGAAGAAAUCGUUAUUCAGGGAUGGAAGCAGGAGGUUCUCUGUCACAGUGGCUGAACUCUGAUAUUUUCAUCGUGUUUGUGGUGUUGCUGUUGCUGCUGUUGCUGGUCAUCUUUGCAGUGUGCUGGCUUAUGAGACGACAAUACACACAGAGACCCCCAGAGAAAAUGGCUGAAAUAGAGAUUAUUCCAGUUAACAGUGCAGACGCGGGCAACCCAUCCAGAUUUACCCUGAAGAUUGUGACAGAGCAGACACAUGCGACAGAGCUUGUGGAGAUGUUAACCCAAAGAGGCCGCUGUGUUGAACCACUAAAUACCCACAGGAACCCCUCUGUCUCAGCUGAUGCAGCAGACAGUGACAGCGAUCAAGACUUCACAGAUGCAUUACAAAGCAUUUAAAUAUUGUUUUCAAUUAGAUUCCCCACCAAAACAUUUAGUUUACUUACAUUUGAAGUACAGAACUAAACAAGUGAACUUGUUAUUGAUUUUCUAUUUUGUUUAUUAAACUAAUGAAAUU